AUUUUGAAGCGACACAUUAGUGAUGAUGGUUCAUCUGAUGCGAGAGUCAGAAACCCUCUUCUCAUUCUGCUGUCCAGGGCCCAGGGCAGCACUAGGCCACCAGUGGGUACUUCACAAGGAUUUGUUGGACAAAGGCAGGACGAAAAGAAAUGCCCUGCGUGGCAGCUGCUCACUCAGGGCCCAGCAGAGCCGGAUUCCGGGCACAGGGGACGGCAGGUGCAAGAGCGCAGCGCCCGAAGGCUUUGUGCCGGGGAGGCGAGGGACAAAGCCGAGAAGCCGGGAGACCGAAGGGCACCGCUGCCCGCGCCGCCCGGAGCUCCGGAGUGCAGACGCCAGGGAUGUGAGUGCGCCCCCGACCCAGGCCCGCGCUCCACGCCCCGACCCGCGGCCUGCGCCCCAGAGGACCCCCGCCCACAGUCCCCGCGCCUUCCCGAGGCCCGCCUGGAGCAUGUUGCCUGCAGCCAUGAAGGGCCUCUGCCUGCUGCUGCUGGCUGCUCUGCUGUACUCUGCGCCUGUUCAUGGCCUGUGGUGCCAGGACUGCACGCUGACCACCAACUCCAGCCACUGCACCCCAAGGCGGUGCCAGCCAUCGGACACGGUGUGUGCUAGCGUCCGGAUCACCGACCCCAGCAGCAGCAGGAAGGAUCAUUCUGUGAACAAGAUGUGUGCCUCAUCCUGCGACUUCGUCAAGCGACACUUUUUCUCAGACUAUCUGAUGGGCUUCAUUAACUCUGGGAUCUUAAAAGUGGACGUGGACUGCUGUGAGAAGGAUUUGUGUAACAGGGUGUUGGGGCCGGGAGGCAGCCCCUGGGUCCUGGCUGGGGGGCUCCUGCUCAGCCUGGGGCCUGCCCUCCUCUGGGCUGGGCCCUGAGGUCCCCUCUCCUGGGCAGGGCCUGGUGUUGCCCCCUCCACAGCUGGGCCUGGCUCCGUGGUCUGUGGCCCUCACCCCUUCCUGAGACGUGGGUCUUCCCUGUCUCUCCACCAGCUCUGAGUCCCAGCCAGCAGAACAUCUCCAGAAAACCAGGCUUUAGGCAGAAGGCCCAGGGGUGCGGGUGGGGGGCUGGGACCCCCAGGUCUCUGAGGGGUAGCUGGGCUGAGCUAGGCCCAGCCCAGCAACCUGGCUGUGAGGACAUUGUCUACAGAGAAAUAAAGUCACUUCAGAGUCCAGA